AUGGCAUCCAACGGUUUGGCGGAAUCCAGUGAAGGCUCUCUGCCUGACGACCUGUGGUUGAUCAUUGGAUUAGGGGGGAGUGGCGCGUUGCUGAUCCUCCUCAUCCCUGUGGUGUUUUUGGCCCGGCACUUCUGUGACCGGCGCCAUUUCAUCUCUGCCGCACCUUUACCUUCCCAAAAUCACUUGCCAUCGUCCAAAAUUCGACUGAGGAGCAACAGUGCCCCGCCGGCCUCACUUGCUGCCUUAUGCGGGCAAUCGGGGUCGUAUGCCGGUUUCGGCAUCGGUGCAACGUCUGCGGGUGGUGGGGUGUACAACGAAGCAGUGCCUCAUAACGGCCCCACGAACACCAACUGCUUCAAUUCCGGUACACUCGGUGCAGCGUAUAACCCUUCGACACCAUCGGGGUGGGAGGCUGAAGCGGGGCGAAGCUUUACGACCCUUUCCAUAGGUCUCAGUGCCCCCCAACCCACUUGGAGUGACACCACUGGGGAACGGCAGCACCCGCCUGCCACCCCGGUGGGAGACACUUCGCAGUUAGGUUACAACCCGCUAGCAGUUACGAAAGAAGCGCAUCUUUUUCAAUCCCAUCCAAAUGUUCCACAGGAGUGUGGAGGGCCUCCUCAGGAGAGUGCGGACCCCGCACAGCCGUCACCUCAAUGUACCACAGAGGAUGCGGAACCUCAGCCUUGUCUUAGACGCCGAAAUUCUCGCGUCUCGUUCGUAGGUGAAUUCCGUGCAUAG